UUGGACUCACACGCUGUCUGAGGAGUUCGUUGGGUGCAUGUCCUCCUGGUGUAUCCAGACUGACGGCUGUUGAGGAUGAUUUAUUUCAGAUGGAUGAAACACCAGUUAACAUCGGUCCUAGUGGACAGGUGCUACCACCACACCAGGAGCAGGAAGAGAUGGAGGUCACUGUGACAACACAACUAGAAAAUCUCAUUGUGACUCCUGACGGUGCAGACCUGUCGUCCAGUACACCAACACCUCCAGAGGAAAAAGCAGAGUCAACUGCAGCAGCCGCACUUUCUGUGAACAGUAAGACAGAGGACAGCGAUGAAGAUGAUGAUGACUCGGAUGAUUCCGACAGUGACAGCUCUACCUCCUCAUCGUCCUCUUCCUCCUCUUCAUCGUCCUCUUCUCCUUCUGCCCCUGUACUUGAGGAUGAUGAUGAUGAGGGUUUCAGCCAACCACCUCCCAUUAAAACCAGAGACGAAGUCUUGCUCGAGGAGCUCCCGGCAGUAGAGGAAGUGUGUGUAUCAUUACCAGAGGAUGCAGAACUGCAGCCUGUAGGAACAGUCUCCAGCAUUAUACAGCAACUUGUGAUCGUCCAGUCUCUGAGAGACACACCUGCUCUAAAUGAUGAGAGCAUCAUCUUUACAUCUGAUAGGAUGGCUGUUGGCAAGGUGUUUGAGGUGUUUGGUCCAGUGUCCAGUCCACUGUAUGUUCUACGGUUGAACUCAGUGGAGCAGGUAAACAGCAAGGGGCUGAAGGAGGGACUGACUGUUUAUUAUGCACCAGCCAUCAAAGAAUACACAGGAUACGUCCUCACAAAGCAGCUUAAACUUUUAAAGGGAUCUGAUGCAUCUUGGAAGAAUGAUCAAGAACCACCAGAAGAGGCUUUAGAUUACAGUGAUGAUGAGAAAGAGAAGGAGGCAAAGAGGAAAGGGAAAAACAAAAAGAGGCGGGACAAUAACAACACAGAUAAUCCUGUCCAAGGUACCCAGAACACCUUGCAGCAGCAGCAGCAGCAGCAGCAGCAGCAGCAUGACGUCAGGGGUUUCCCACCAAGACAUGCAGGGCAAUCAUUCAGGCACCAGAACCCAAGGAACAAACAGCCACAAUUCAGACAUACACACCCAUCACACAGACACACACAACCUCCACCCAGACACACAGAUGUGCCUCCAAUGUACCUUCCACCCCCCUGCCCUUACCCUCUUCCACCUCCUCACCAUUUCCCCCCUCCCGGCUACCCUCUCUACCCUCCUCCUCCACCAUCCUUCUUCAAUCCGUCUUUCUCUUCACCCCUCUGGCCACCAAACUCUCUCCCCUUCUCUGACCUCCCUCCUCCUCCCCCACCUCCUCCCCCACCUCAGUGAUGCUCUCUGUAUAUAAUCCGUGCAUAUAUCAGAAAAAUACGUCAUGUUUGCGCACUGACACUGGGACGAAUCACCCACAUGUAUCAAUCACUGGCUGCGUGUGAGCAGUGUAUAUUCAGCUAUUUUUUUAUUUUAUUGUGCUUUCAAAUAUUGUUUUACAUUUCAGUUCUAUUUCCCCCUGGCUAUAGAUGUAUUCACUAUCUAACCCCACAUGUUCUCACCACAAACUACGACUCAAGAUUAAAAAUGUCCCUUAGUUCAACUUCAUGCAGCUAUUUUGAGACAGUCACGCUUGUUUUUUCUUCUCGAACUCCGUUUUACUGUGUAAAACAAGUUAAAAUAAAAUAGGGAAAAGACUGAAUGUCUCAGUAUGUGGCUUCACCAUAUAACUUUAUUAUAAAAGAGCACAUUGCUAGAUAAAUGAACUAGUUCAACACCUGUAUUAUGGAAACAUUAGAAAAUAACUGUAAAUGUAAUGCUCACAGUGUAAGAAACAAGAGGCGGUCUGCCACUUUAGGUCCACAUGUGUGAAUUCUAUUCUUAAUGUUCAUGCCAUUGUCAAGUCGACUCAACUUUGAAAAUGUUUGAAUGAACUUACAGCAGCAUCUCACUCAGUAUUUGUAUGACGCUUGAAUGUACACACCUUAUUUGGUUUUCAGUUGUUUUUAGUUUUGAAUUUCAUUGAGGAUUUUAAGUUCUAACUGUUUUAGUUUCUUAGUGACUGAAACACCAGUUACCCUUGAGUAGGGUGGAAAGUUGUUUCUUUAGUCAUUUAUUUCAGAUGUAAACAAAUGAUACACCUUCCUUUCCACGAAUGGAGGAAUAGUGCAGUCCAGUUCUUUAUACAUAUAUUCCGUAUAUAUAAACUGUUGAGGAGAAGUCAUUUCAUCUUUCUUUUGUGUUGACAGACUUGACACCUUUUUACAAGGUUGGACAUGAGCUUUGAAAUCACUUUGUCACUUGUGUGAUGGAUUUUUUCUUUUUUUUUUUCUCAGAAUUCUUUGUAAAUUCAACAUUUGGACCAUUUGUAGAACCGUAUCAAAUAAAUAUGUCUCUUGUGUAAAUUCUUUCAAUUCAGUCUAAGUCAAACUUGAAUGUGGAGGAAGAGAAAACUUGACUUGUUCUGCUGAGACACCCUGUCCCACCUGAGAUUAAAUGUUUUUGACAUGGUUUGGAAUGCAAGUUUAAUCGAGGCUUUCAGUUGUUUCAUAGUGUGAACAAUCUCAGAUAUAGAAAAGAGGAGCAAGUGAAACACUGAGGGAUAGAUAGCUUUUACACCUAGUUGUGAAAUUCA